AUGACGACAGCACACCAACCACCUCCGCUGGCGGACAUCCGCGUCCUUGAAUUCGCAGGACUAGCCCCAGGCCCCUUCGCGGGUAUGCUCUUAGCAGACUACGGCGCAAACGUCCUCCGCCUCGACCGCGCGCCCGCAACUGCAACCUCCGACCAACUAACGCGGCGCAAAACCUCGAUAUGCGUGAACCUAAAGUCCCCUGCGGGUCUGGCCCUCAUCAAAAAGAUUAUCCCAAACGUCGACGUAGUAAUCGAUCCCUUCCGACCCGGCGUGCUCGAAAAAGCCGGUCUCGACCCUGACAAGGUACUAUUGAAGUUGAACAAGCGGUUGAUUGUUGCGCGCAUGACGGGCUUCCGUCGAGAUGGCAAAUACAGUCAAAUGGCUGGACAUGAUAUCAACUACAUUGCUGUUUCCGGUGUGUUGAGUAUGUUCGGGCGGAAAGGGGAGAAGCCGUAUGCACCAGGAAAUGUGGUUGGGGAUUUCGCAGGAGGCGGCGCAAUGUGUUUCAUGGGCAUUGUGCUGGCGCUGCUGGCGAGGGAAAGAAGCGGCUUUGGACAGGUCGUCGAGGCGAAUAUGGUGGAUGGAAGUGCGAUAUUGGCGACUAUGCCACGGUUGGGAUUGAAGACCGAGGUCUGGAAGCGAGAGAGGGGUACCAACAUGCUGGAUGGCGGCGCGCCGUUUUACGAUACAUACGAGACAAAAGACGGGAAGUACAUGGCAGUGGGCGCUAUUGAACCGCAGUUCUACGCCGCGUUACUCAAGGGUAUGGGUCUUGAGCCGUCAGAUCUACCUGGUAACAGGGAUGAUAGAGCAGAUUGGCCGAAGCUCAAGGACUUCUUCGCAGCCGAGUUCAAGAAGAAGACGCGCGAGGAGUGGGAGGGUAUCUUCGACGGCACAGAUGCAUGCUGCACGCCUGUGCUAACACAGGGUGAACUUGAGACCCAGGGCUUCGAUCAACGGCCAGCCGUAACCCUCAAGUCUACACCUGGGUAUGCGAUACAGGACGGCGAUGAUGGAAGAUCAGCGGCAGAGGGCCAGGGUAUAGGAUUGGAUGGCAGCGGAUGGAGCGAGAAGGGCUUGAAGCCUGGCAACGGGGGCGAAGAUACGUUGAGCAUAUGGAUGGGAUGGACGAAGGGAAGGCAUUAUAUCGAGGACCAAGGAGGUCUGGUGUGGAAGGAUUCUGCAAGGUUAUAG